UGAGAUUUAUUGAUACAUUAUUAUUUACAAAUGUAUAUGCAUAUAUUUUAAUUGAUAAUCUUUGCCGACGUCGAUACAUCACCGUGGAUCGUCCUGAUCAAUAUACGAGAUCGCAUGGCUUUUUGCGAGGGCGUAAUGGAAUGUCGUUCAGCUGUUCGGUUGCCACGCCUCAACUUACACCGAUUCAUCGUGUCUCCCUUUCCCCUUCCUCUCCGUCGCAGUCUUUGGUGUGGUGGAAGUCUAAACGCGAUAUCCUGUACAGUCUGCACUGCGCCGCCCGUUUCUUGACUUGAGACUCGCCGUCGUGCUUGAACACUUGCGACCACGCGACGCUUUCGGCGGCUACUGUAGCACAAUUAGAUCGCGGCGAAUAUCAAGCGAUGCGGAUCGAAGUUGGUUGCGUUUGAGACUGAGAUAACCUGUUUCCCCAUCGUGCACGCGUAUCGACGCUUAUCCGUCGCGUCCUGUCGCACGUUUUCGCUCGCGGUCACGUUGGUCUAGAAAUAGCGGUCUAGAAUUGACCGCGAUCUUCGGCAGAAACACAGAGCUUGUCUACGGAUUCACGCGUUCGUCGACAUGUCGAGCGAGAGCGUGAAAACGUUUGCGAGCCUGGAGACACCUGGGUACGUGGGCUUCGCUAAUUUGCCGAAUCAAGUGCAUCGGAAAUCUGUGAAAAAGGGCUUUGAGUUCACGCUUAUGGUUGUUGGAGAGUCUGGCCUUGGAAAGUCUACCUUGGUAAACAGUUUGUUCCUCACGGAUUUGUACCCCGAGCGAAUAAUUCCUGAUGUAGUCGAGAAAACAAAUCAAACUGUCAAACUCGAUGCUUCAACGGUCGAGAUUGAAGAAAGGGGCGUAAAACUUAGAUUAACAGUGGUCGAUACACCUGGUUAUGGGGAUGCAAUUGACAACACGGAUAGCUUCCGAGCUAUUAUUCAAUACAUAGAUGAUCAGUUUGAGAGAUUUCUUCGCGACGAAAGCGGUCUAAACAGAAGGAACAUUGUGGACAAUAGAAUACAUUGUUGUUUCUAUUUCAUCUCUCCAUUUGGCCAUGGGUUGAAGCCAUUGGAUAUCGAGUUUAUGAAGCAACUUCAUAACAAAGUUAAUAUAGUACCUGUAAUAGCAAAAGCUGAUGUACUUACUAAAAAGGAAGUCUUGCGCCUGAAAAAGAGAGUUAUGGAGGAGAUUGAAGGCAGUGGAAUCAAAAUAUAUCCUUUACCGGACUGUGAUAGCGACGAGGAUGAGGAUUACAAGGAACAAGUACGUCAGUUGAAAGAAGCUGUUCCGUUCGCAGUGUGUGGUGCGAAUACUUUGCUCGAGGUCAAGGGAAAGAGAGUACGUGGCCGACUGUAUCCAUGGGGCGUUGUUGAAGUGGAGAAUCCCGAUCAUUGCGAUUUUAUCAAGUUAAGGACAAUGCUGAUCACGCAUAUGCAAGACUUACAAGAGGUAACGCAGGAGGUACAUUACGAGAAUUACCGUAGCGAAAGAUUAGCAAAGGGAGCUCCAGUGCCGCCUCGACGUCAAACAACUAUCGCAGAACCAGACAAGAACAGCACCGUAUCGGAGAAGGAUCGCAUUUUACAAGAGAAGGAAGCAGAAAUACGACACAUGCAAGAAUUGCUGGCUGUGAUGCAAGCGCAGAUGCAACAACAGCAACCUUGAUCGAAUAUGCGUUUGUGUACCGACGUAUAAAAUGAAGGAAACGACUCCUCAUUGUUACGCGAGUGCCAAAAUGAUUUAUAAAACUUUUUUAGUGACUCACACUAUCAAGGUCUUGAUUUUGGCCGCAAUAUUUUUCUAAGCUCGUCUUUUAUUAGGGAAAUCUCAUUUUGAUACGCGCCACGCGUUUUAUAGGUAUAUAAGAGUAUAAAAAUACUAAUGUUUCUACAUAGUAUUAACUUUUAAUUGUGAUGGGAGGACUUUUGACGGCUCUGUUACGACAUCCAAUGCCUUGUCCAUAAAGAACAGACUAAUAAUCUAAAAUUGCAACACAAUAUGAAAACAAAUGUUUGCAUAUCCAAGGUUUACAGGCAAGGCACUUAAGUAGUUUGUUCCUUUUGUAACAAAAUUUAUUCAAAUGAGAAUUGUUUUAUUUCGAAGA